CGGUUUUAGGCUGGUUGAUUCGGUGAAACUUCACUCUGACCCAGCCAAUCCGUCUUACAAUUCCCCCAGCUAUUAAACCCUGUAGAAAUCCGCCGGCACCUUUCAACGGGGAUCGUCUGCCAUAGCAAUACCUUUCAAGUUUCAACUCUCUUCUAUCUAACAAACAGAAUCUUGCCAUGUCUUUUGCCACAGUUCAAUUCCUCCCCAGCACGACUGCCGCCGCCGCAACGACCAACGUCACGCGCGCCGCCGUGGUCUCUUCACACGGUUAUCGCCAAUGCCGCCGCAAUAGUUUAUUCAUCUCUCUUCCGGGGAACCAGUUACAUUUCCGGCGCCGCCUUCAAAUCCGGGCAGUCGACGCGGCCCAGCCGUACGACUACGAAGCCCAGAUCUCAAACACCUUCUACAGCUCCAUGAAGCUGAAAAUUGCCGUUGUAGGGUUUGGGAACUUUGGCCAGUUUCUCGCCAAGGCCUUCGUGCGCCAAGGCCACAUUGUGAUGGCUUACUCGCGCACCAAUUACAUCAACAUCGCGCAAUCCAUCGGCGCCUCCUUCUACACUGACCCACACGACCUCUGCGAGCAGCACCCUGACGUAAUCCUCCUCUGCACCUCCAUAAUCUCCACCGAGGCCGUCCUCCGAUCUCUCCCUAUUCAACGCCUCAAGCGCAAUACCCUCUUUGUCGAUGUCUUAUCGGUAAAAGAAUUCCCCAAGAAUAUUUUUCUCCAAUUGCUUCCCCCCCAUUUCGAUAUCCUUUGUACUCACCCUAUGUUUGGGCCGGAAAGUGGGAAAGAAAGCUGGAGGGGAUUACCCUUUGUGUUUGACAAGGUCCGGAUAGGAGAUGAGGACUCUAGAGUCUCGAGGGUAGAAAGGUUUCUUGAUAUCUUUACCAAGGAAGGGUGUAGGAUGGUAGAAAUGAGCUGUGCCGAGCACGAUAAGCAUGCUGCUGGGACUCAGUUUAUCACUCAUACUAUGGGGAGAGUGUUGGAGAAGCUGCAGUUGGAGACGACGCCUAUUAAUACAAAAGGGUAUGAGACAUUGUUGGAUUUGGUGGAGAAUACUGCCAGUGAUAGCUUCGAUUUGUACUAUGGGUUGUUUAUGUACAACAAGAAUGCAAUGGAGCAACUGGAGAGGCUUGACUUGGCAUUCGAGUCAUUGAAGAAGGAGUUGUUUGGGCAUUUGCAUGAGAAGUUAAGGAAGCAGUUGUUUGGCAAGGUGGAGGAGGAAGCAGGAGAGAGGCCCAUGUUAUCCAAGUUGCCUAAGAAUGGUUAUGCAUUGCCAGCGCCUUCGUCUGAGCCUUUGGAAACCCAAAACAAUUGAGGGAAUCACAAAUCUAUCUUGUUUGCUUGCCGUUUGGUCCAUAACUUGGUUGGCUUGAAUUGAAUUCUUUCUUUUUUUAAAGAAAAAGUAGGCCUUUCAAUGAAUAUGCAUUAUAGAUAUAUGAAAACUGUAUGUUCUGUUGUAAUUGAGUCAGAAUGAAUCUUUGGAUAAUGAUAGAAUAAUAUGGGACUUAAAUUUUACUAUGCAGUGUUUAUUAGGUGUGUGGGGAUUGACAUGGUUAUCAAAGAUUCAUAUUUGAGUCCAUAACAUGGUACAGAAAGCAUUUAGUGUGUCUGAUAGUAUCAUAGUAAACAUUACUACACUGAGACCGUUUAUUGUUUGUUGUGUGCUUUGUUGUUAAUACUUAAUAAUACUAGCUUUAGAAAAAGAGAGAAUUACAGUUCAA